UUGUGCUCUAGUAACUAUUCAGAUCUACAGCAACAACAAUUGCGCGGUACUGAUUGAUUCUGUCACAACAAGAUUAUCGUUAUUAUUAUAUUAAUAUUACAUUAAGCUGAAGAUGGUGUAGUUUAUAUAACGUGAAUAUAACAACGAUUUGUAGCCGAUAACAGAUGCUGGUUGUGAAAAAAGAUGGCUCACCAAGGAAAAUUUGACGCGCUGACCAAGGACCUCAUCACACAUGUUUUGGGGUUUGAGGAAGAUGAGGAGAAUUUUGUCCGCAGUGAGCAGUUUGUAUUGUCAAACUUACUUUAUCAUCACUGCUUGGCAGUUAACAGCCAUGCAGUUCGACGAUCUAUUGAUGGUUUGUGCCUUAAAUUCACUGUUCAUGGUCAGGCAAACCGGGCUCAAAAGUUGACAGAGUUAACUUCAAAAUUUUUGCAAUCAUCUCUCUUCAAGGAUCAUUAUGAGACUGACAUCGAGUGGUCCCUCUUGUCGCUCAUGCUCCAUUUGAGCAAUAGCCCAACUCAUGUGCCGGAGACAGAGGCAGAGCUCCAUCCUGUUACAACUGAAAGCACUUCUACUGCGAGCUCACAAGAUAUAGUUGAAGAGCAGAUUGAUUGGGGAGCAUAUUUAUUAAAAGGAGAAAAGGAAUGUGAAUUUGGACCUGAAGAUCCUCUUUCAGUGGGUGGAUACUUGACUGAUUUCUAUACACAGGGUGAUCAACAGGGUAAUGAUCACCCUGAAUCUAAGAAUGACCCUGCGGGCUCCCCAAGAGGCCAUCUCUUUAGUUGGUUUUGCUGGGCCAUGCUAGCUCUACUCUACGUUCUGCAGGCACUGAGAGAGGUUCCCCCAUGGCACAGCAUUGGAUCAACCACAUGUGGAAUGGUACCACCUGUCAGUGAGGUCCCUGUCUCUUCACAGCUGGAGACUAUCCAGUAUCUUGUGGAGAAAGCUAAAGGUGAAGAAAGAUCGCAGCUUCUGUCCGAGUGGGUGGUCAUGCGUGAAGUUCUAUGGGUUCUGAUGUGUCCUGUGUCGUCUUAUAUCUUCCAGCAGAAUGAGAAAGGGGACUUCGUUAUGAAAAAUAAAAUGACACUUCCAAGCUUGACUCAUGGAGCAAUUGUUUCCCUUCUUGAGGAUCUCUGUGAGCCUUUAAAACAAUUGAGUGAACUUGAUAUAUUUAUGAGGAACAUUGAGAAUCCUGAGGGUAGUCCUCCAACACCAGUAACAUUGCUUGCAUAUGUGGCUGGAUUAAGACACUGGCGCAGGCAAUUCCAGAUGCACCUCACUUCUCUAGAAAACAUUGUUAAAAAGCAAGAAACUACUUGUACAUUGGUAUGGCUUCUAGAUGAGUUGAAACCAUGGCUUUGCAUUUUGUCAUCUGUCUAUUCAGUUCAUCACACAGCACUUAUAGCAUAUCCGGAAGAUUGUCCAAGGAAUUUAGUGUUAAGACUUAUAGGCAGUUUGUGUGAAGGUGUAGAAGGGGCAGGAAAAUCCGAGCUUUGCAGUGUCUUGCUGCGGUUAUUACUCCACACGGUUCGUCAUUACUUUUCUAUUAUGCAUAAUUGGCUACAGAACGGCUCUUUAGUUGAUUUUGCUAAUGAGUUUAUCAUUGAAAGAAAUAGUAAUGUUAGUGUGAUGGAUGAAUCGUUCUGGAAAGAAGCCUUUUUCCUAAAUUGCCAUCCAGACUCGAAAGAUAUCAUUCCAGGUGAUCCCUUGAAAACAGGCUUGAAGAUACUGCUUCCAUUAACUGUAGCACUCACAUCUAUUGGGAAAUCCCAAGAACUGCUGUCAGCCCUCAGUAUUAAACCCUGCUUGGAUGACUGUAUGAACAAUAUUGAAUCUUCCAAAUCCCAAAGUGGAAGAGAAAAACCAUUGGAAGAAGUUCUCGUAGAUCAUGUAACCAAAAUUAUCACUGAAGAUCUGUCAUCUGGCAUAGAGGCUACAGCAAAUGAACAGUCACAGACUGUAUCUGCUGGGAUUUCUGAAGGAGGAGAAAAGGAGAUUUCUCAAGGAGAACUGGUUCUUACAGAUAAGCAGAAAGAAGAUAUUUCACACAUCAGUGAUAUUUUAGCCUUGGCAGAUCCUAUGCUUGUUAUGAAUUAUCUUGAAUCUGAUGAUGAAGAGACAUCAGUUAAACUAGAAGAUUAUCUUGACAGGAAGAUAGAAGCAAUAAGAACUGUUCCAAGAGCUGUGUCAGUUGUUGGUAUUUUGUCUGCCUCAAUGCGGCCAUUAAUUACAGAGAAGCAGAAUGAACUGAAUUCAAAGCUUACAGAAGUACUUAUCAAAGAAUACCAGCUUGAUCGCCAUUGCAAAGCUAUUCGUUCGAUUUUGUUAAUGGAAGCUGGAGAUAUUAUGCAUGAGUUCUAUUCACAUCUUUUCUCUAAGCUGGAUUAUGGUGAAGAAGUGGAUAGUGUAAGUUUAACCCUCCAUCUAGAAUACUGUAUAAGCCGCAUGUAUCCAGACCUAUCAAAAUUGUUUUCCGUUUCCGUGGAAUCGAGGAUAAGUGACGACAAGGACAAGGAGGAGAAGUCAGCAGCUGAAGUCAUGGCAAACUCAGGCGGAGACUCUUCGUCACAGCAAUUAUCGGCAUUGGGCUUGCCCAACAUCAGUAUCCAUUAUCAGGCUCCAUGGCCCAUGAACAUCCUGUUUAAUCAAGAGGACUUGGCAAAACUUAACAUAUUAUUUCGAUUUAGUCUAAGCCUCAAACGAGCAACAUAUGGUUUAGAGAGAUUAAAAUUUAGAGAUAUGGCAACCUGGAAUACACCAUUUGCGACAGGAAAUAUCUUUGAAGAAUCAGACAGUCCACUUCAGUCUCGCCUUCAUAGAUUGCAGUUGCUAAGGCUUUGGCUGUUAUGUUUUUCACGUGAACUGCAUAACUACUUUGCAAAUGUCGUGUUUCUUCCCUAUUACCAGGCAUUUGAGGAUCUUAUAGAAUCAAAGCCAUCGUUUAGUGAUAUAAUUUCUGGUCAUAGAAAGUUGCUGGACCGUGUAAUAUCUCUGUGCCUGAUGAAAAAUAACACAAAUAUAUCUCCACUUCAGGUUGUUUUAAAUAAGGUCUUCUGGCUUACACAACAACUUUCUCACCUUUGGAGAAAAGACAUGAGAGUUAGUAGUGAAGAAUUAUCCUCAAUUGAAGCAAAGUAUGUGCAAGUUCACAGGUUCCUGGUCAACAUCCUCUCUCAUCUCACUACAAAACAUUUUCUUCCACACUUGGAAGGGUUGACGCGUGCUCUAACCAAUUCAGUGCCGCUGCAAACCCUCUGAACCAGUGUCAAGAAAGUUUUUUAUCAGGAAAGGUGAUAAUUUUUUUUUUUUAUAAAGUCAUUUACAAUAUUAGCAUAUGUAUUUUUGCAUGUAUGUAAUUGUACAGUAUGGCAAGUGUUGAAUUUGACAAACCUGAGAUAUUAGGUUAUAUUGCAUUAUAUAUAUGGUAGUGCAGCAUUCUUCCAAAAUUAUAUUGCUUAUUUCCUCUUCCAUCAGCCCUUUGGUGUCCUUGUAUAGAUUCCCUACUAAAACUAGUGUGAAAUUUGUGCAAGGUACUGUUAGGAACUUGUCUUUUGCAGAAAUGUUUUUGUGGUAAGGUGAGUGAUUUUCUUUUUGAUCUAGAAUUGAACAGAUCUCGACGUGUUGAUUUUUUAAGUUCGUUGCAUUCAGUUACCAUGUAAAAUACAUGUAUAUUUGCAAAAUGUUUUAAAUAAAUUUUUGAACAAACUGGAAAUAUUAAAAUAUAAAACUGUUUAUCUAAUCAAAAAGAAAUCAUAAUUUCAUGAUCUUUACCACCUAAUUGGAAAUUUAAUCUUAAGGCAUUCAUUCAGAGGUUGUGUGCUGAACAAUCUGUCUCACGGAAAGUGAUCAGUUAUUGUAAUAAAGUGUUAUUAUUUGGAA